CCAUAACAUCAAAUCGAAACUCGGCACCGGAAACAAUGACAUCGUCGGCGAAGAAAUUUGCAAGCUCAUCUUUCCUUGGGUUGACAUUUCUGGUCGCUCUCAUGGCUUUUCUCCUCAAGUUUAAAUCUUCACAGAAAUUAUUUACUGCUGAGGAAUUGUCACUGUAUAAUGGAACUGAUGAAUCAUUACCCAUACUCUUAGGAAUUCUGGGAUCCGUAUUUGAUGUUACAAAGGGAAAGUCUCACUAUGGUGUUGGAGGGGGUUACCAUCAUUUUGCUGGAAGAGAUGCCUCCCGUGCAUUUGUUUCUGGAAACUUUACCAGAGAUGGACGUACAGAUUCUCUGCGAGGUUUAUCCAGCACUGAGGUCCAUAGUGUAGUUGGAUGGAGAGACUUCUACUUCAGAAGGUACAAAUUUGUUGGAAGACUUGUGGGCCGCUACUAUGACAGCGCAGGAAAUCCAACGAAGUAUCUAAAGGGAGCAGAAGCGAAGGCUGCUAGAGGAGCACAGCUCAUGGAGAAACAAAAAGAAAUGGAAGCUAAACAACCCAGUUGCAAUUCAAGAUGGAGUCAAGACGAUGGCAGAGAGGUUUGGUGUGAUAAUGGCGUCCCAAGGCUGGUUCAGAGACCUUUAGAAAUCGCUUUGACGGGGAAGAUGAGCAAGCGAUGUGCCUGCUAUAAUGAAGAUCAACUGGGUGAGCCCGGGUUGGAGGUUUAUAGCGGAUGUGAUUACCUUGCUAAGAGAUGCCGAGUUUAAAUGACAAACAAGUCAUCUUAUAGU